AUGAUGCCUCCCAUAUCAUGGCGCAAUGAGAUGCAAGGUGCGGUGCCAUACAUGGGGGCUCAACCGGGGCAAGCACGAGGGCCACGACCUCCCCAUGCGUAUGGCAAUCAGGGUCCGAAACCCAAGAAUACCCCAAAGCGGGAUCACUCAUCUGCAUUCAACAAACCUCAAUCAACUGCGCCUCGAACCCCCGCAGCGCCUGCCGUCCCAAGCUUCGGCAACCCUCUACCCUCGAAGCCACCACCCGCUGCAGACUCGACCGCCAACAGAAAGGCGAAGAAGAGAAAAAGGAAGCACAAUCAACUUGGACUGACCCCUAAUACCGAGGACCACGAGUCAAGCGAAGAAGAGGUUGACGAAGACGAAGAAUCGAAGCUGGCGCAAAGUGGAUCUGGCGCAGCACCACUUCAGGUCUCAUACAAAGGGAAAACGGCAACAUUACAAACACCGUCCGAUAUUGCCGCUUGGAUUGCAGAACGGAAGAAGAAGUUUCCCACGCAAGCUCGGGUGGAAGAAAAGAAAAAGUCAAUGGAGGAGGCAAAGGCAGCCCGCGAGUUGACUCGCCAACAAAAGCAAAAGGAGCAACAGGACAAGCGAAAAGAGCAUACACAAAAACAAAAUGAACACAAGACAGAUCCCGCUGCAGAUGCAACGACAAACGCCCAGCGCAGAGAGAAGAUUCGGCGCAACCUUGAACGAGAGGAGAAACGAAUCCAAAAGGCCAUGGCCGAGACCGAAGCUGCUCGCCUCCGAAUGGAAGCUUUACAGAAGGAGGCAUUGAGCCUAAAUGAAGACUUUAACCAAGACGAAGAUACGGGUAGCACGAUCGAGCAACCGGCCCCGGUUAUCAAAGCUGAACCCGCAACCGCGGUGCCAGAGCCAGCUAUGAAAACCGAAUCCGAAAACGCGGUAACGGAGCCAGCCACUAAGACUGAACUAGAGACCGCGGUUCCGGAGGCGACCAUGAAAAUCGAGCCCCAUGGCCCAAUUCCAGAGCCCGCGCAAUCAACCGUGGAAAGCGGGGAUGCGACAGAUGCGCAAGGCGUUCCUGGGCUUUUGUUCGAGUCCCAUCAUCUCGAGCACACAAUCAAGACCGAGCACCCCACCGACCAUGACUUGGAUGCCAUGGAGCUCGCAUCCGAUCACGGGGCCAGUGAUUGGACCUCCUCGGGUGCUUCUGGCUCAGAUACAGACUCUGACCCUGACAGCGAUGACUCUGCGCCAGAGCAAGUAACUUCACGUCGCACGGGACCAGAGCGAGUGCCACCGCCACCCCGCCAAGGCAAAAAGACCGUCUGCCGCUAUUUUGCACGUAAUGGCCACUGUAACCGUGGCGACCAGUGUAAAUUCCUCCAUGAGAAUGACUCUGAACGACCCUCCAAGGCCAGGGCAAAGCCUACGGAGAAGAAGGAGAAAGAGACGAAACGCAAGGGACUUUAUCAAGCUUUGCUGGACCGACAGCAGCAAGACGAUGACCGCCGGGCAAUGGAAGUGAUAUUCUGGCUCGGUCAGAACAAUAUGCUGGAUGCCCCACACGAUACCCCAAUGAAUUAG